AUGACUUCACCCCCCUUGCCUGUUGACUCCGCAUUGGAUGCUAUUGGAAAUACCCCUGUCGUGCGUCUCCGUCGCGUGGUUCCGGAAGGCCAUGCCAACGUCUUUCUGAAGCUUGAAUACUUGAACCCGACCGGUUCGUAUAAGGAUCGUAUGGCGAGGUCCAUGAUUGAGCAAGCCGAGAAUAAAGGGAAGCUGCAGCCGGGUAUGACAGUUGUGGAAGCCAGUGGUGGCAGUACUGGCUCUUCUUUGGCAUUUGUCUGUGCCAUCAAAGGAUACCAAUUCAGGGUGGUUUCUUCCAACGCCUUUGCAGUCGAAAAGCUACGGACUAUGCGUGCCCUGGGUGCCACAUUCGACUUAAUUCACAGCCCAUCCGGCUCCGUCACAGCAGAUCUUAUCCCCUCUAUGAUAUACCAUGCACAAGGUGUUGCCAGCCAGGAAGGACACCUCUUCAUCGACCAGUUCAAUAAUACGGACAGUCUCCCCGGGUAUGAGUUAAUCGGCAAAGAACUGAUUGAACAAUUCCCAGAUGGAAUUGAUGCCUUCUGUGGCACGUUUGGUGCGGCUGGCAUGGUCACAGGGGUGUCUCGAGUGCUCAAAUCGAGGUGGCCAGAGACACGAUUCAUAGUCCUAGAGCCGGAAUCUUCACCCGUCCUCACGGAGGGUCAUGCCGGCUCACAUAGCGUGGAGGGCGUUGGGGUGGGAUUCAUCCCACCUCACCUCAAUCGCAGCUCAUAUGAUGAGGCAUGGGGUAUCUCCGAAGAGGAGGGGCGUACUAUGUGUCGGCGACUUGCCCAGGAAGAGGGACUGCUUGUGGGAACUUCCACUGGUCUUAAUGUCGUCGCUGCCAUUGCCCUGGCCAAGGAGCUAGGUCCUGACAAGACGGUGGUCACCGUUGCUGUUGACACCGGACUUAAAUACAUGAACGGAAACCUCUUCGCUGAUAACGGAAAUUAA